GUGAGCGACGAUCUCCCUAUGGAUAUCUUGUUAGGUAUGUACUACCUCUCCGUGGCACAGCCCCAGUUUGACUGGGACCGAAAAGUGGUCAAACACACUUUGCCAGGUGGAGGGACCGCCAGACUACACAAGUUCAAAGCUAGUAGUCUGAUCAAUUCCCAUGGAUGCAUGUGUGCGGCCACAUUCUAUAACUACUAUAAGCAACAUCAAGAGGAGGGUAUGUACUUAGUUUAUGUCUCUGCUGCAGGCGAGCCGGUGAAAAUGUCGCCGGAGAUAGAGGAAGUAGUUGCCAAGUACCCUGAUCUAUUUGAAGAGCCAACAGGGGUUGUUGAUAGGGAGGUCAUCCACGCGAUAGAGAUUAUCCCAGGUUCUAGUAUUCCGAAGGGUAGGAUAUAUCGGAUGUCUCCAGGCGAGCUUGAUGAGCUUCGCCGCCAACUCAAGGAACUCGUAGAGAAGGGUUGGAUCCGGCCGAGUGUCUCUCCUUACGGAUCUCCAGUACUAUUCGUACCUAAGAAGAAGGAGGGCACUCUCAGGAUGUGCAUUGAUUAUAGGGGUCUCAAUGCCAUCACUGUAAAGAACAGAGAGCCCCUACCGCGCAUCGACGAUCUGUUAGAUAGAGUGCAAGGGUGUCGGUACUUCAGUAAGAUAGAUCUGAAGUCCGGGUACCAUCAGACUGCAAUCCGACCCGAGGAUCAACACAAAACCGCAUUUCAGACCAGGUACGGUCUGUACGAGUUUGUGGUGAUGCCUUUUGACCUGUGCAAUGCUCCUGGCACCUUUCAGCACACUAUGAAUCGGAUAUUCCAUGACUACUUGGAUAAGUUUGUCAUCGUGUACCUCGAUGACAUACUUACUUUUAGUAAGACUGUCGAGGAGCACGUUGCACACUUGGACAAAGUCCUUAGUCUCCUGCGACAGCACAAGUUCAAGAUCAACGGUGAGAAGUGCGAGUUAGGGCGCACCCGUGUCUUGUACUUGGGUCAUGAGAUCUCCUCGGAAGGGUUGAAGCCCGAUAACGCGAAGGUGGCCAGCAUUCGUGAUUGGCCACGACCUCAGUCUGUGACUGAGAUGAGAUCUUUCUUAGGAAUGACAGGCUACUACCGGACUUUUGUAAAGAACUAUAGCCAGGAAGGGCCAAAGUUGAGGCCUGUUGAGUACAUGUCCAAGAAAAUGCCGUCUCAGAAGUUGGCUAAGUCCACCUAUGAGAAAGAACUCUAUGCGGUGUUCAAGGCGCUGACCCAUUGGAGACACUAUCUCCUUGGGAGGUUCUUCAUCCUCAGGACUGAUUAUCAGACCUUGAGAUGGAUGAGAACUCAGCCUGUACUCUCUGACGCAUUGAAGCGUUGGAUAGAAGUCAUUGAGCAGUAUGACUUUGACCCUCAGUACAUCAAGGGUGAGUACAACAAGGUUGUUGAUGCCUUGUCGCGUAGACCUGACUUCUCAAGUGCGCUGAUUACUGAGUACAAUCUUACGGAUGAUGUCACUCGAUCCUUGGUGGAAGCCUAUCGAGAGGACCAAUUUAUGUCUGAGAUCAUACGCAGACUCGAGGCGAAGGAUAAACAAACUUCAGCCGAGUUUGAGUUGGUCAAUGGCUUGUUGUUUCUCGAGAAGGAAGGGAAUAAACGUUUGUGUGUCCCUGAUAAAGAGUCUUUGCGUAGUUUGUUUUUAGGCGAGUGUCAUGACGCCACCGACCAUUUUGCGUACAAGAAGACCGCAGCCAAUUUGCUGCAAAGGUUCUGGUGGUCCACGAUGUUAAAAGAUGCUAAGCUGUACGUGGAAACUUGUCAAGUUUGUCAACGAGACAAGCCUCGUACUCAGGCUCCUCUUGGGCUGAUCAAGCCCCUUCCGAUUCCGGAGAGGCCGGGUGAGAGCCCGUUCAUGGACUUCAUGGAUACGCUAGUCACCAGCAAGAGUAGGAUGAGACAGAUCUUUGUCAUCGUGGAUAGGUUUAGUAAGUUUGCUAGAUUAGUAGCAAUGCCUGAGACAACAUAGACUGAGUACGUGAUUAAGUUGUUCAAAGAAAACUGGGUGAGAGAUUUUGGAUUGCCCAAGUCU